GUAUUCAGUUCGUUUUAUAUCACGGAGUUUGAUAUCUAAUUCAUCAAUUUGCGUUAUUUAAAAUUCAAAAGGUAAAUAUCGUUUAUUUAUUAUUAUAUAAAUUUACAUAUUUAUUAUAUAUUAUUGAAAAAAAUAUACUCUUGGUUAAAAGGUACUAAUGUUAAAAUAAUAUUAAAUAUACAUUGCACUAAUAUUUAGGUAUAUAUUGUAUAAGUAGAAAUUAAGUAAUAAACACUAAAGUUCCUAACUUGGCCUGGAAAAAAAUUAUGAAGGAGUAAUUUAUUAUCGGCCUCGUUUUUAUUAAGAGGUUAUUCAGUUAAUAGAGAAAACAUUAUCCUACAUCAUAACUAUAUUUAUUAUUUGACCAAUUUUAGAUUACAUAAGCACUCAAAAAGCUUCAUACCAUUAUAAUAACCGAAAUAUGAGUGCUAAUAACCCAAAUAUUUUGAAGGGAGGUUAACACUCCAUAAUAUUGAUUAUUGAUUGUGUAUGCUUAGUAUUUACUUAAUAAGAACUUGAUUUGGGGGUAAAAGCGCACCACCUAUUUGUUCCUAUGAACCUAAACUUACAUUGUUCGAAUGAAAAACCUUUCAAAAUUUAAAAUAAUAUGUUAUCGGUACAAGUGCAAAAGCUUGAAAGCUUUGAUAUAUUUUUAAUUUUAUUUUUACUCACUAAACACCAACUGCUAAUACUGAUUGGUAUUUACUAUACUGUCUACAGGUACUUUCUUAUUACUGUAAACAUUUAAAUAUACUUAAUUGCACUUAUAAUCUAUUACGCAUGCAAAUAUUUUCUUCUCGUAUUAUAGUUUUGUAUAAAAUUAAAUGUGAUAAAUAUUUUCGUUAAUCCUAUUUAAACAAAAAAUGUUAUACAAUUUGUAUUGAUUUUAUUUUUUAGAUUUUUGGCCUUCUAGAAGACCUUAGCUACAAUGGUAAAAUAUGACUAAUAUUUUAAUCUUACCGGUUUAGUGAGCUCCACUCAGAAUCAUUUUUUGAUUGCUAUGGUUUAUUGUUGCUUUAAAUACCUAUAAGUAUAUGUAAACUAAAUUACACCAGGUAUACGUUAAAUAUCACUCCAACCUCUCACCGAAAAUUACAGUAGGUACCUUACUUAUGGCACGAAGUAUGUUCGGCUUUUCUUCUUUUUUAUUACUUAUGUUAUUCAAAUUAUAUCUCUUGGUAAGAGAGAAUAGCAUAGUAUUACACAAUUUGUAUAUAUUUUAAGAGUGGAGGGAAUAGAUUAUAUUUGAUUAUAUUAUGUAGAAGAGAAGAAGCAUUAAAGUAUUAUUAUUUUAAUCCUAAGGUCUUAAUAUAUUUUUUGAUAUCAUGCAUUAGGAUAUGUUAAUUAAAGACAAUUAGAAAUUAAUAAGUUGUUUAUUAUCACAUUGCGUUUUGAAUUAUUUUCACUUGCAAAUCGAUUGUACUUUAUUAAUAGAAUAAGUACAAUCGAUUUUAAUAUGUAAAUAAAUAAUAAUUUCAUAAAUAAAUAUUAGUUCCAGUUCUAAUCCCCAUGAAUGUGAUAUUAAAAAAGACAUUAAGAUCUUAGGAUUAAAAUAAGUUCUUUGUUUUUGUUAAAAACUAAUUAUAAACAAUCCAGUGGUGGUCAAAUUUUUUUGUCAUAGGGGGGGGGAUAAGGAUAAUUUGUAAGAACAAUUAUUUUUACAUAAUCUUUUUUUACAACUAUAAAUAUAUAAUACAAUAUACAGGUGAUUUAAGCACACUCGUUCCAUGUGUUUAUUUCAAUUAUAUAUACAUUCAAAUUCUAAUUUUUGGAAUUUUUAAGUGUAGUAUUAGAGGAUAUUUGCUGCGAAAAGUCAUUUGGUGAUCAAUUUUUUGGAGGUUAAUCCUCUUAAUUUUUUUUACAAUUUUAUUAAAUUCAAAUUUCAACAUUUUACAUUCAUCAAAUAAUUCUUGAUUCUUUAUUUUCCCCUAAUUCUGAACUGUGGUGACAUAAUGCCGAAUUUUUGUAUUCCAUAUAUAAAUUGGGGUGGGUAGGUCAUGACCCGUGAGUGGUUAGGAAAAAAGUUAUGAAGUUAUGUUAUACAGUUUAUACUCCAAGUCUUGAAGUAUAGUAUAUUAUAAUACAUAUACUUAAUAUAAUGUAUACAGUGUACCUAGAUGUGUAAUCAUAUUUUAAGCAUCGAAGAGUUAUCGAUAGUUGAUAAUAAAUCAAAUGAUAAAUAAAAUCAAUAGAUUAAUGAAUUCUAAUUACAAAUGGAUUUUUAUAUCUAUACAUAACUGUUAUGACAAUUGGGGCGCAAUAAAUUCCUUCCAAAAUAUAAAAUUAUAAUUGUGCCUAGAGGUGUGGGUGAAGUUUCAAAUGUGUUAUUUUAAUCAAAAUUGGCUAGCGUGGGGGGAUAGGCGGGUAUGUUAUAGCGGAAAUGUUUCUAUCCCAUUCAUACAAAUAGGUCACGCAACCACUGAAUUUUAGGUUUCUAGAUACACACACAGUAUGUUAAAAAAUUUUACUUAAAAUUACAAAAUAAUAUUCAUUUUUGUUUUAAGCAAAGCGUUUGAAAAUAAUGCAACUAACAAAUGAUAUAUUAAUGUAAUAAUCGGUAAAUAUAUUUCGAGUUUUAUAUUGAGCCAGGUACCCCAUAAUUUUAAAAGCUUUAGCAUCCCAGGCUAAAUGCCACAUUGCCCCAACCCUUAUUAUGGCACUUUAAAUAGUUAUCGAAUUGCCAAUUUGGAAAAAAUAUUUGUUUAUAAAAGCAAUGAAAUCCAUAUUUACUGUCCCUAUAUAACGUGUUUUUCAAGAAAAAUAUAUAUUGUAGUAAGAUUAGUUGUAUCAUUCAGAAUUCCACAAACACUAAACUUAUAAAACUCGUGCAAUGACAUUGAAAUAUAAAAUUUUAGAUGGAAAUUAAUUGAGGCAUGUAACGAGAGCAGACGUGUCUAUGUAUCCAUAGGUACUAAAAAACCUUGUUACGGUUCUACGUAUAGCUAUGAUAUCGGGUUAUUAUUUUACGUUUCUAUAUAUUGCAGUCGACCAGAUGUUUUGCUUAUUACAACGUACAUAAAUGCUGCAUCACAACUCACAUUAGCACCAGCCAUAUUAAUAGUGUAUGCUAUAAGAAAUUUAAUAUAUUAACUAUUUCUCUUAGUAUUUGUCACGAUCUAAAUGUACUUACUAUUUUAUAAUAUUAUAAGUAAUACAGACAGUUUAAAUAUAGAAAUUAAAAAAACUGUCCUAGGAUAAUAGGGACGGGUGCUGUCACUGUUAUAGAUAAUUUAAUGUAUUUCUUUAAACAACGAUUAACCUUUGCUAACGAAUAAAUGAUCCUGAGAAGAGUUCCGUUAAUAGUGGUUCUUUGUGAACAAUAUAUAUGUCAUAUUAUGCUAAAAAAUAAUUACAUAUGCAUUACACGUUUACUUUAAUAAUAUUUAUUUAAUUUUGUACCUAUUUCCCUGGUUUUCCUUGUUUUCCCAUUUAUUGGGAAAACUCCUAGGAAAAUCAAAAAGGCCUCCCAAUAGUAUCUUCCCAGUCAAAUUUCAUUUCAGAAAAAGUGCUAUAGUUGUAAAUUGGAACAAAAUGUCUGAUAGAAAAGUUGUUCAUAGGAAAAAAAAGAUCGUAAUAAUUUUUAUUUCUUAUACCAUGUGAUCUACUUGUGCGUACACUCAUCAAAUCGGAAAGUAUUAACUUUUUUCAGAAUCUGUUUUCUAGAACAUUUAAGUAACUAGCAGCUCUAUAUUAUUUAAAUGUUAUUUUGACAUUUUUAGGGGUAAAACCAUUACACACUUUUGAUUUUUAACACGCCACGCGCCGUACUGCCUCACAAAUGAUACUCCACUACUCUCCUCCAACACAAACUUAAAAAUGGAAUAUCUCGUCAAAGGAUUGACGGAAAUCAAAGAUUUUAACAAUUAAAUAUAUUUUAACUAAUACUAUAUCCAUUUAUGGAAUUUUAAAUGCAGGUUGUCAUUUGAAAAUCAAAAACGAGUUUUACUCCUAAAAAUAAGGGUGAUAAAAAAUAACAUAAAUACAAAAUUUUAAAGCAGCUUGUUUCUUAAAUAUUCUAGAAGACAAAUUCCGAAAGAAUUUCACAUUUUCCGAUAUAAUGAAUGUACCCACUUAAAUGGAUUACCUAGUAUACCUACUGGAUACAUCCAUCAAAGCUAGUUAUAUUUAUUUAUAGGUACCUAGUUAUAUUUAUUAAGUAAAAUAUUGCAUAUUUAUAUUGCUUAUUAUACAGAGAAUCUUUUAGGGAACCAUUUUUAAAAUAAACUGAAUGAAUUCUUAUAGGUACGCGAAAAUGGACAAGUUUAAAAAAUUAGAGCAUUUUUACUUCUAUUUUGAAAAUUUUACAAAAACGAAUAACAUAUUAUCAUUAUAUUGCAAAACGUACAAAUGCUUCUUCAGUUUAAAGUGUAAUUUAUUGUCUAUGGAUAUUUGCUGACUAUUGUGUUUAAACCAAACUGUAAUUCCUAGUGUUAUUUUUCACAGAAUAAAAAUACACAGGUGUGUAACCUUGGGUAGAUAUUUUAAAAUUAUCCGUAUAGUUAAUUUUUGGUGUUGACAAUAAAUUGUUGACCGUUUUCCGCAAUCAUAUUUACAAAUAAGUUUUUAAACAAAUUUAAAUUGUUGUUGUUGAUGUUUAUAUUGCUAAGGUAUAAAAAGGUUUUUCGUUAAGUACUUUAUAACACGUAUAUCUCACAAGAAUACUUUUUUUUUAUCGUACCAGUGUAAUGAUAUACUAUUUAAGCUAUCAUACAUUAUGUAAAAUAAAAUAUUAUGUAAUGUUAAUAAAUCAAACAAUUAAUAACAGGAAUGAUAGUAAAACAUUUACAUCCUAUUCCAUUCAAGUUUGUGUAAUAUUGUAAGCUGAUAUUGUCACAAAAUACAGUAAAAUGUCUUCCCCAUAAGUAUUCCCGAAAGUAUGUAAUGCCGAAACAUAGUCCUAAUAGUUCUAAUGUUGUGGACGAGUAAGUUUUUUCGUUUUUUAAUAAUUUUCUAGAGGCGUAUCCAAUUGGAUGUAGUAUGUUAUUUUUAUCGCAUUGUUCAAGGCAAGCUCCUACACCUAAUAACGAAGUGUCUAUAGUUAGGUAAACUUCUUUUUCGUCAUUAAACUGUUUUAACUGAUUUUUUAUUAUCAAAUAACAUAUAUUUUAGUGCAAUAUUUACUCAUCGUAAGGAGAUAAUACUUAAGCUAUCAUAUAUAAUUAAAAUAAAUUAUAUAAUCAAUAUUGUAAAAUAAUUAUAAUAAUUUGUAGCCAUUAAUUAUUAGAUUAAGUUGUUAGUAUUAACCAAAUUAAGAUAACACAUUUACACACGCACACACACAUAUUUCUCCAGUUAUAAGGAGGCCGGCCACUUCCAAUAGCCACAGUGUAUGUAUUGUUCCCGUUGCUUUUGGACAGAUGAUCACAAGCGAGUGUAAAAGACUACGCAGAGAUUUUUACAAAAGCACGGGAACCUAGAACAGUGUUUUAUAUUUUUAAAAAAAUUAAUAAAAAAGAAACAGUUGUUAUAUUAAAAAUCUUUUUAUUUACUACGAUCACCUAUAUCAAAUUCAACAGAUCAAUUUGCCGCCUGAAGAAGAAAGGUAAUCAAAAUUAUAAUUAAUUUAUACGUGUGAAUCGAAUUUACAUAACUAGGCACCUCCCGCCAUAUUUUUGAAUUACUACACCAUCUACUGACUAUUACUGAUUGUACUGUUUUAGAAUAAAACUCACUACAUUUAAGUAGUUUAACAACUGGGACACAACUCAAUUUUUUAACAUGGAUAUUUAAAAUAUAUAUAUGAUUCAAUUUUUAGUUCAACAGCACGACAAUGUCACCAAACGAAAAUUUUAAAAUCAUGUACUUGAAUUAAUUUCAGACAGUUUAAAUUAAAAUAGAUUUUUAGUUAUACAUACGAUUUUUAUUGAUGAACAAAAAUACACUUUAAAAGACUCUGUAAAUCUUCUUGAAACAUUUAAAAAUACGAAUUUUAUAUGUUCUGAAGAGGUCAUCCGAAAAUACGAAAGAUAAAAACGCAAAAACUGCGACUAUUACAAUCAAAACACGAUUCAGGGCAAAGCUCGGUUAACUACAGAGAAGGUUGAUUUGUUUCCCUUGUAGCUAAGGUAAACAAGAAACCAACAAAAAUAAAACUUAUGUAUUGUCAUAAUUUAUUUUCAGGGUUUUUAAUUGAAAUAAAACUAAACAAAUGUUAGGUACAAUGCCGUCUGGUGGAUAUUGCGCUCCUUUUAAAGUACUGCAUGAGAAAAUCGUAGAGUUUUACAGAUAAAAAAAUGUUUAAAAACAAAGAUGAAAAAACAUUAGAGCUAUUUUUGAACUAUGUAUAGAUAUUUUAAUUUUGCGAGUUUUGUACGUAAUUUUUAUUUGAUAGACUCUCUGUGGAUAAAAUUGUUAGACUAAAGAUCAUUAUAUGUUCAAAAGUGGUCAAAAGUAAUUUAGGUAGGAUUUUUUUUAUUUUUUUACAAGAUUUUUAAAAUCUAAAUUUUACGAAUCAUAUUUAUUAUACGAUAAUCACAAUUAUUAUUUUACUAUUUUUAAUUUUAAAAAGCUAUCUUAUGUUAGUAAAUACUUACUUCCCGUAAAUAUUCGGAAAAAAUACUAUUACGUGAUUGUUCAUUUUAUUAGUGUUUUUCCUAAUACACACUACUGUUUUUACUGUGUAUAACCUAAUCAGUGCCGGCGUUACACAUGCUGGUACCCUGGGCGGAACCAUGAUUUUGCUUCAUCCCUCUAAUUAAUCGAGUACAGUUAUUAUCGUUGAGGUGCCCCCUUACAGCAGGCGCCCUGGGUGCAGGCCCUGGUCGCCAACCCCUAACGCCGGCCCUGACAUAACUAUGUAUCUAAACAUUUGUCAAGAAUUGUUUCCACAUAGGUACCUUAUAUACAAAUAUUAUUGCAGAUAUUAAUAUGGAUAAAUUGUACGCUAUGAGUGUAUUAUAUAAGGGACCUAAUGAUUCAACGGUAUUAAAAGCAGCAUUUGAACUUCAGUCAUUUAGUUUUUUUCAACGAUCAAGCGCACAAGAAUUUAUGUGUUUUGCGACGAAAACAAUUGUAGAACGUACAGCUAGCGGUGCUCGACAGUCUAUAAAGCAAAAAGGUUUGAAUCGAUUAAUUAUAUUUAUGAAUUUCCAUUGCAUAAUAAUUAAUGACAAGUGAUAUAAUAAUAUAUCAGAAUAUUUUUGCCAUGUUUAUGUACGUUCGGAUAAUCUGGCAGGUGUCCUUAUAUCGCAUGAUGAAUAUCCACAUCUUGUUGCCCAUAUACUACUUACAAAGGUAAAUAAAAUUAAAAUAUUUUGUAAUCUUAUAUGUUGAUGUAUGAUCAUGAUAUUAUUAUAGGCACAAAUAUUAUAUAUAGCCUAAAUAUUUUGGGAGAUUACCACCCAUAAUAUUAAUUUGGUAAAGACUUGAUUUAAGGGAACUAAGAACGCACAAGCAACUUCUCCUAUUUAAGUCUGUAAUGUACAUAAAGUGCACAUAAAUUUAUAAAAAAGAGCUGAUACUGGGGACAGGUACGUCACGGGUUCCUGACUAGGAAAGUAAAUAGAUAAAGUAAUUCAAUUAAAUCUAUGUAACAAACGAUAAACCAUUGCUAACGAAAAAUAAUUUGGCUCGAAGUAAUAUUUACGAUUUUUAUCAAAAUUGAUGUUAACUCUUAAAAAAAAAAAUACUCCAUAAUACACAAUUUUUCAAAAUAAUUUGGAAAACUGAAAAAAAAACGUAGAAAAAAUGGGAAAAUUCACUAAAUUUAUGGUUGGAUGAUUUUCAAAUCAUGAAUAUUACGACAUUUCAAAACAUAUUUAACCGAACUCCACUCAGAAUCGUACAGAUAUACAGUAAAUUUCUCCUCAACCUUUCCAACUUCUCACUUAAAACUGUGGCUCAUCUAUUGUGCGAAGUAUGUUAGGUUUUAUUUUUUUUUUUUAAUUUAGACUUUGGAUGAAUUUUCUGCAAAAUUUCUAUCAUACAGUUGGUCUAGUCUUAAUGAAACACAAGUAACAUUCAAUGAACUAAAUACGAUGUUAGCCAAGUAUCAAAAUCCUAAAGAAGCAUAUAGUCUAAUGAAAAGGCAACAAAAUUUAAAAAUCACACUGGUAAUAAUUAUUUAUUUUGUCUUCAUAUAUUUAAUUUUUAAUAAUAUGACACAAAUUUAAGUGUAAUAUAUUGAUUCAUAAUUAUUAUCAUUAGCAGGAUCGACAAGUGAGGGGAAGUGCAAUCGGGGCUGUAGCCCCAAAACCCAGGUGCGACCAAGCAACUAGGUCCUAUAUUUAACAUGGCUCUAAAAAUUAUUUGUAGUUUCAUUUUUAUAAUAUUUUACUUUAAAAAGUCAAUACACAAUAUACUAAAAAUUAAAUGUUAAUAAUAAAAUAAUAUUACUUUUUACUAUAUAUUGUAUUAGUAACAAUAUGAUUUUUACUUUUGAAUACUUUAUUCGUCAACCGUAAACCAGCUUUUUAAGAAAAAUCUAUGUUAUUCACAAAUUAAAAUAUGAUGCUGGGUGUUAGUGGGAAGUUUAUUAUUUGACAUUAGGAGGGAUUAGUUUGACCCUAAGACACAUGAUUUCUUUCCAUGACACUGAUCACAAGGUAAAAUCAACUUAAAUAAUUCUCUUAUUCUCUUAUUGAAAUUUAGAAUAUAAAUAGUAAACAACAAAAUACCUACUUACCAUGUGAAUAUUUUAUGUGAUAAUAAGAGUUUAAAAUAAUAUACACCAAUCUAGUUACCAUGACCAUAAUUGAAAAAUUUGUUCAGGUUUAAACUAAAAACUGUUCGGUUUUAAUUUUUUUACAAUAUUUUCUAGGUAAUUUAUAACUAAUAUAACACGAAAAAACUUUGGAGAAAGGGGAAAAACCUUCUUCGGGUACGGCCUUGCUAGUCACUAGUCAUUCACAGAUAUUUUAUACCAAGAAUUAUACAAGAAUUAUUUAAUAUAAAGAAUACAAAACUACGCAGGGUUUUUUUUUUUUAUCAAAAGAUAAUAUCGAGAAAUACAGACAUUUUAUAACGGUUUAAAAUCUAUACCUAUAUAUGUUUUUUGAUAAUUCACAUUUUCGUUUUUAUUAAUGGUAUCUACCAUUUUUGGCGGUGUUUUUAUAAUUUUAUUUUUUCAAAAAUAAAGGAAUUCCUUAAAAUUUGUAUUACUAUAUUUUUAACUGUAAACGAAAUGUUUAAAUAUUUUGUGUGAUUAAUUUGUUUACAUAAUCUAAUUAUUAUAUUUUAGCACAAUAGAAUUGAAGCUGUUUUGAAACCCGGAGAAAACCUUGAUGACUUAGUUGCGAAGUCUGAAGAAUUAAGUAUGCCAUCCAAGGCAUUAUAUAUUGCCAAGCUAUUAUAGCUGUUUAAUUAUAAAGCACCUUUUUAAUGCAAGUAUAGGUUCAUAAUUUAGGUGGGUUGUAGUCGUUCGUUUUUAGUUUUAAGGUCAGUAGUUUAAUUUGUAAUGAUGAGAACUU